UGUGUUGCGAACGAUCCGCCAUAACGUCCAGAUGAUUGCUGUGAAGACCGAGUAUUCAAUGUACCGGGGCAUGUGAACCCACCAAAUGGCGUAUAAUACCGUCGGCGGCGGCCAGGACGACGCCGCUCCGCCCAUGUUCGAUGUGCAAAAGGUCCAGCUACGCUUCGACAUCUCCGCCGACUUCGUCGCCGCGCAAGUCGCGAACAACGUCCUCGUCCUUGCGCUCUCCACCGGCAGGAUUCUACGCUUCGACCUGGACAACGAUGGCGACAUCGACGACAUCGACUUGCCGAAACGACCACAGGAGAUCGGUGUGAUCCGCAAACUCUUCCUCGACCCGACAGCCUCGCAUCUCUUGAUCAGCACCACCGCCGGCGAGAAUUUCUACCUCCAUAGUCAGUCGCGGCAGGCGAAACAGCUGGGAAAGUUGAAGGGUGUGCAGGUGGAAGCUGUGGGAUGGAAUCCUAGUCUGCCGACUGCCUCGACGCGGGAGAUCCUCCUCGGCGCAAGCGACGGCAGCGUGAUUGAGACUUUCAUCGAACCGCAUAGCGAAUUCCUCAGGAAUCACGAGAAAUAUGCGAGGGUGGUCUACAACACGCAGGAUGGAGCCGUGGUUGGGAUCUAUGCCGAUUUGUUGUCGACUGUGCCAGAGACGAGAAGGGUGCUGGUCGCGACUCAGAGCAAACUAUUACAUUUCGCAGGACGGUCCAGUGGAGGGGGCCGGAGGGGUGAAGGCAGCGGGACGUAUGCCAAAUUAUUCGAAAGCGAGGCGCCUUCGAUACACGAGAGUCCAAGAGCAUCAGGCACGAAUCCUCCGUGUCUAUUGGCGACAUCGCCGGACAUGCCAGACGCGUCACAGAUUCAAUCACCGGAUGCUUCACACACAGACCGAACAUAUGCCUGGCUCUGCGCGCAGGGCGUGUUUCACGGCAAGCUGCAGACAUCAGCGCCGGAUCCGGCCAGCCUUGGAAGACAGGUGUUUGCUGCAUCGAAACUCUUCGCCUCUUCAAAGCUGCCGCCGACACAAACAUCCGCAGGCAGGAAUCGUGCUACACAGCCACCGAUUUCCUCUGCAGCUUUGACUCAAUUUCACGCUCUUGCUCUUGUCGAAGGGCGGAUCACGGCUUUCAAUCGGCUGGAUUCGAGUAUCGUCUACAACCAGCAAGUUCUGGAACCGGGACAGACGAACCUUGGUCUAUUCGCCGACCACCAGAAGAGAACAUAUUGGCUAUUCACAUCUCAGGAGAUUUUUGAGAUCGUUGUGACUGAUGAGGCUCGCGACAUAUGGAAGAUCCUGCUGAAGCAGGGCCAAUAUGAUCUCGCACAGCAGUACGCCAAGACGGGCGAGCAGAAAGAUGCCGUCGCUUCUGUCACGGGCGAUCAUCUCAUCUCCCGUGGCCGGUUCAAGGAAGCUGCAGUCGUCCUCGGGCGAAGCACCAAGGCUUUUGAGGAUGUGGCUUUGAGUUUCAUCGACCAUGGCGAACAAGAUGCCCUUCGACAGUACCUCACCGUGAAGUUAUCGACGCUGAAGAAAGACAGUACCAUGCAACGGAUAUUGCUUGCCAGCUGGCUGGUCGAGCUUUAUAUGGCGAAGCUGAAUCAGCUGGACGAUACUAUUUCCACAAAGGCCGAAUUGGCAGCGACUGGAGGGACCGCUCUUGCGGCAGCGGCCGACAUGACUGAGCAGCUACCUUUGGUCCGGAACGAGUUUCAGAAUUUCGUUUCGAAGCACAAGGGUGAUCUCGACCGAAAGACGACAUAUGAGAUCAUUUCUGCCCAUGGUCGGGAAGAAGAGCUUCUGUUUUUCGCAAAUGUGGUCGAUGAUUACGACUAUGUUUUGUCAUAUUGGGUCCAACGGGAGCGGUGGGUCGAAGCGAUGACUGUGCUUAAAAAGCAGAUUGAGCCUCAGAUGUUCUAUCGCUACAGCACUGUCCUCAUGGCCCAUAUGCCUGCCGAGAUGGUGGAUAUCCUCAUGCGUCAAACCGAUCUCGAUACAAAGAAGAUCAUCCCCGCCCUCCUCAACUACAACAAGACCCACGCAGAGAGCGUACCACUUCGCGAAAACCAAGCCAUCCGCUACCUGCAGUACUGCAUCAACCACUCCCACUCCACCGAUCCCGCCGUCCACAACACCCUAAUAUCCAUGUACGCCGCCCAUCCCGCAAACGACGAGACCGCGCUCCUCACCUACCUCGAAACGCAAGAAUCCGCCCACGAGCAGAACUACGACGCCGACUUCGCCCUCCGCCUCUGCAUCUCCCACAACCGCGUCCAAAGCGCCGUGCACGUCUACCGCACCAUGUCCCAAUACGCCUCUGCCGUCGACCUCGCCCUCAAACACUCCCAAGUCACCCUCGCCGCCUCCGUCGCCGACCAACCCUCCCACGAUCCGGCCCUGCGCAAAAAGCUCUGGCUCAAAGUCGCCAAAAAGGUCAUCUCCCAAAACACCUCCAUCAAACCGGCGAUCGAAUUCCUCAAGAAAUGCGACCUCCUCCGCAUCGAAGACCUGAUCCCUUUCUUCCCCGACUUCGUCAUCAUCGACGACUUCAAAGAGGAGAUCUGCUCCGCGCUGGAGGAAUACUCCCGCCAGAUCACCCAGCUCAAGACCGCCAUGGACGACUCCGCCCUCACGGCCAAGAACAUCGCCGCCGACAUCUCCGCGCUGGAGUCCCGCUAUGCCAUCGUCGAGCCCGGCGAACGCUGCUGGCGCUGCCGCCUGCCGCUGCUCCAGCGCCAAUUCUUCGUCUUCCCCUGCCAGCACGCCUUCCACGCGGACUGCCUCGGCGAGAGCGUGAUGCACGUCGGCGGCGCGGCCAAGGCGAAGCGGAUCAAGGAGCUGCAGAGGGUCAUCGGAAGAGGCGUCGCGGUGGAGAGCAAACGGGAGGCCAUGGCGAGGGAACUGGACGGGCUCGUGGCGGGCGCCUGUGUGCUCUGUAGUGAGAUGGCGGUCAAGAUGGUCGACGAGCCGUUCGUCACGGAGAAGGACGAUGGCGGCGAGUGGGCGGUGUGAUUCUGUAGCCCUGAAUGGAAAAAAUAAAACGGAUCGAUGCUUCUACUUUUUUGUUUCUUUCUCUCGCACCAAUUCGAUCGUUCUCUUUCGAGAGAUUCUAUAAACGAAUGGUUGAAAUUCGACGGCGCAGGACGUCGGCAAAAGUCCAACUCCGUCCGACUCACGUCCAGACACUAUGGAUUUCUGCUCUCGACAGCCUUCCCGCCGAGCCGAACCGAAUGUAAAUUUCUCCACAGCACGAUCUCCGGAAACGAGCAGUAGAUGCACGAUGCCGGAACCACGAGACAUCCUGAAUGAGCGAUUGAUAGGAAGGACUCGUCCUCUACUUCUUCUAAUCCCAUAGAUAAAUCACGUUUAUUGAUCAUAACUCUCCGCC